CUACAUGUCCGUCAAGCUCCCCGGGCCCAGCUUCAAACUCAUCUUUUCCGUUACAACCCCAUUGUAUUUACAAGUUUCAAAAUUCUGCCACUCCCAAUCAAAACCCUAAACCCCCCAUUAAUCCAUAAACGAUGCUGAUUUUCUUCACUUACACUUCCAAUCUCCUCAAACCCAGAACCCCUACGCCUCUCAGACCGCUCCCUUCAAUCCUCUUUUACAAUUUCUCAUCCCAAAAGCUCAUGUCUCAAUCCACCUCUAUCCCUAAGAAACAGCAAAGAGUACGCGACCACGGUUACGACAACUACAUGGAAGUCGAGAAAAAGACCCGAAAAGUCCUCAAAUUUCAGUCUCUAAUCCUUUCCCAACCGAACCAAACCUUGCCCAUCUCUCGCUUCGACUCUCUCGCUCGUCGCCUUGGUCUCGGCUUCAAACAAAACGAAGCCGGCGCUUAUCUCCUCAAAUUUCCUCAUGUUUUUGAAAUCUAUGAGCACCCAGUUCAGAGAAUACUUUAUUGCAGGCUAACCCGGAAGGCACUUCUCCAAAUUGACCGAGAAAAAGAAGCACUCAAUGCCCAGAUACCUGAUGCCGUGACCCGGUUAAGGAAGUUGCUUAUGAUGUCGAAUACGGGUCGGUUAAGACUGGAACACGUUCGCAUUGCGAGGAAAGAAUUCGGGUUGCCUGAUGAUUUCGAGUACUCGGUAAUUCUCAACCAUCCACAAUUUUUUCGAUUGUUUGAUGCUAAAGAGACUAGGAAUAAGUACAUUGAGAUCGUUGAAAGAGAUCCUAAGUUAGCUGUCUGUGCUAUAGAGACAGUUAGGGAGAGAGAAUAUAGAGAAAAAGGAUUUGACGCUGAGGAUAUUAGGUUCUCAUUUAUUGUGAAUUUUCCGCCCGGUUUUAAGAUAGGUAAGUAUUACAGGAUUGCAGUUUGGAAGUGGCAAAGGGUUCCAUAUUGGUCGCCCUACGAGGAUGUGUCUGGUUAUGAUUUGAGGUCAUUAGAAGCUCAGAAGAGGAUGGAAAAGAGGGCAGUAGCAACUAUUCAUGAGUUGUUGUCAUUGACUGUGGAGAAGAAGAUUACAUUGGAGAGGAUUGCUCAUUUUAGGAUGGCAAUGAAUUUGCCUAAGAAGUUGAAGGAUUUUUUGCUACAGCAUCAGGGGAUAUUUUAUGUUUCAACAAGGGGGAAUUAUGGGAAGCUUCAUACAGUGUUUCUUAGGGAGGCUUAUAGGAAAGGGGAGUUAAUUGAGCCUAAUGAUUUGUAUUUGGCGAGAAGGAAGUUGGGCGAGUUGGUUUUGAUAAGCCCUAGGAAGGCAAAAGUGGAUAACGAACUGGUUAGCUUUAAGAGAGAUAGAGAAGGUGAUGAAGUGGAGCGUGUUAGACGAGACUAUGUGGAAAAUGAUUUUGAAGAUUUUGGGGUUGAGGGUAAAGUUCGGCAAGAUGGGGAGGGGAAGGAUGGUUCAGAUUCAGAUUUAGUUUCUGAUAUUGAAUGUCAUUACACAGAUGAGGAUGAGGAUUUUGAUGAAACUAUGGAUCAAAAGAAGGAUGCCCGUGUAACUGAAUAAUAACCAACUUUUGUUCUACUCAUUUUUAAUUUGAUAAUAUUGAACUUAUAACCAGCUGGACAUUAAAAUGGAGGACAACUUUGCAUUUACUAAGCUUCAACAACCAGAAGACAUUUUGUAUUAAGGAUUGCCAUGUCUGCUCUGGAGAAUUUUAUCAGGUGGAAAUAGCACCUCAUGUCGGAACUUGAUUAUUGGAGAAGAUCUAUAUGAGACAAGUAUGUAUUUAUGGAUAACUUGGGGGUUUGAUGGAUAUGUAACGGAGUGGAAGCAUAUUUGAUGUUGGUUAAAUUUUUAUGGACUACUAGAAUUGAAGCCAUCUGUACUGCCAUGUCUUCUUGCCUGUGUUACUCGCCCAAGAAAGAAUUGCCAAAAAAUUUCAGCAGGUAAAAGGAAAUAAGAAGCGCCCAGAAGUUUUGCUUCAUGAAGUUGCUUGUGCAAUCAUAUUCUCUCUGCCAGCAUCCUGGAAGAAGGUUGCCAUAUGAGUCGUGAACAUAAUACAAGUAGAAGGCGUCAUCAGCUGUAUGUUUUUUCAUUGCCCAACAAAUGAUUCUUGGCAGGUUGUGAGUGUAAACAAUUGGACGCCGAAAGCUUGUUGCUUUGCAAUUGUGUUACGCAAGGCAUAAAUGUUCUAGUUAAAACCGUUUAUGGUCAGUCUGUGGUUUGAUUAUCGAACCUUGUCUUUGUAUAUUUGUUGAUUCUUUUGUAAAGUUUUGUUAAUAAUUCAAUGACAGUGAAAUAUUAUAAAAGAAAUUGUAAUAAAACUUUAUACUAAUCUUAGAUA